AUGAAACCACCGGGAAUCACUGAGAAGCAGAUAAAACUCCGAGUUUUUCCAUUCUCUUUGAAAGAUGCAGCCAAGGAUUGGUUGUUCAACUUGCCCGCCAGGAGUGUGACCACGUGGAUGGAUAUGAAGCGCAAGUUCCUCGAAAGGUUAUUUCCCGCAUCCCGGGCUAUGAAUUUGAGAAAAGAGAUUUGUGGCAUCAAACAAAUAUCAGGGGAGUCUUUAUACGAGUAUUGGGAUCGAUUUAAUAAGUUAAUUGGUAGAUGUCCUCAACAUCAGAUUUCUGAGCAACUUCUAAUUCAAUAUUUCUAUGAAAGACUAACUUCGAUUGACAGGAGAAUAAUUGAUGCUGCCAGUGGAGGAGCUCUCAUGAACAAGACUCCGAGAGAAGCUUGGGAAUUGCUUAAUGAUAUGGCCAUGAACUCUCAACAAUUUGGGCUAAGGGAUGUCGUAAGAGUGAAAGAAAUUGCCGAGGUAAGUUCUCCUAUGCAACAACAAUUGAAUGAGCUAACUGCUUUUGUGAGGAAACUUGUUGUAGGUAAUGCUCAAGUGAAGCCGUGUGGAAUUUGUGUGAGUGUUGAGCAUCCCGGGGAUGCUUGUCCCACACUAAGAGAAGAGGUGGAAGUGAAUGCUGCAGGUUUUGCACCAAGAAGGGCUUAUGACCCAUAUUCAAACACAUUUAAUCCGGGAUGGCGAGACCACCCCAAUUUUCGAUAUGGGAAUCAGAAUCAGCAAUCCUAUGGACAGCAACAACUAUCGGGAUUCCAACCACCUGUGCAGAAGCAAAAACAAUGGACCAUGCCCCAAGCUCCUAGUCCUCGUAACUCUUUGCACGAUAUGGUUAAAACUAUUGCCUCUAAUGUUUUGCAAUUUCAGCAAGAGAUAAGAACAAGUAUUAAAAACUUGGAAGAUCAAAUGUCUCAAAUUGUGAAAGAGGUGCAGGAUAUAAAACAGAUGGAGAAAGGAAAACUACCUGCUCAAACCCACAUGAACCCGAGCAAUGUUAUUUCAAUGGUCUUGCAAAGUGGUAAGGAGCUAGAAGGUCCGAAGGUUGUUGCACAAAAAGAGAAAGCUGGAGAGGAGAUUAAAAAGGAGAUUGAGCAAGAAGCGAACAAGUCAACUGAUCAUGUGAAUUCUAAACCUCCUAUUCAAUCAAAUGUUAAUGUUGCUCCAUUUCCUCACAAGUUAGCAAAACCGGCUAAGAGCGAUAAAGACAAAGAGAUCAUGGAGAUAUUUAAGAAAGUGGAGCUAAGCAUUCCUUUGCUUGACGCAAUUAAGCAAGUCCCCCGUUAUGCAAAUUUUCCGAAGGAGCUGUGUACCAAGAAGAAGAAGUUGAGAGGGGACGAAAAGGUGCUAGCUGGAGAGACUGUGUCCGCCGUGCUGCAAAGAAAAUUGCGACAAAAAUGCAGAGAUCCAGGUAUGUUUUUCGUCCCAUGCAAAAUAGGUAAGAUGGAAAUUAAAAUAGCUAUGCUAGAUUUGGGUACAGUUAUAAAUGUUAUGCCUAAGUCUAUUUUUAACUCUUUGAACAUUGGGCCCUUGAAAGAAACAGGGAUAGUGAUUCAACUAGCUGAUAGAACUUACGCUUACCCCGAAGAGAUAAUUGAGGAUGUUCUUGUGCAAGUGAAUGAGUUAAUAUUCCCUGUUGAUUUCUAUGUUUUAGAUAUGCAUGAUAAAAAUUCGCCUAAUCUUUCACCUAUUCUGCUUGGACGCCCUUUUAUGUAUACUGCACGCACAAAAAUUGAUGUUAGGACAGGGACACUUACCAUAGAAUUCGAAAGUGUAAAAGUUCAUAUCAAUAUUUUUUAUGAAUCGAAUGAUCCCGUGGAAACUCAUGCUUUGUAUUGUGUAGUUGUCCUUGAUCAAAAUAUGCAGGAAGUCUUUGAAGUUGGAGAAAUAAGAAAAUUGUUGUUGCAAGAGUUUGAGGAAAUUCAGAACAAAGCUUUCGAAAAUGCUAGGAUUAAUAAAGGAAAUAGUAAGGAAUUUCAUGAUCCAAAUAUUUUGAAAAAAGAUUUUAAUGUUGGUCAAAAGGUUUUGCUUCAUCAUUCUCAUCUUAAGAUUUUUCUGGGUAAACUUCGUUAUCGUUGGAUAGGUCCGUUUUCGAUUACUAACGUGUUUCCGUAUGGUGCAUUUGAGAUUCAAAGUCUAAGCACGGAAAAGAGGUUUGUUGUGAAUAGGCAUCAUCUUAAACUUUACUAUGAGGGGUUUCAGAGCAAAGAAGUGGAGUGCGUAGCUUUCUUUGAGCCGCGUGAUUAG